ACCUCAAACAGGAACGGAAGCAUUUGUGACAGCUUUCAAAAAAGUAGUAGAAUGUCCGUGUCUCUGAGAAAUUUUCUACACCCUACCGAAUAUGAAGAGAUCGGAUGGCCGAACAGAAGCGACACAACUGAGAGCAUUCGCAGCUUCUCAGAGUUUAUUGAACCGAGCUGAUGGAUCUGCAAAGUUUUCCUUUGGAGAAUCAACCGUUGUUGCAUCCGUAGUUGGGCCAGCCGAAGUCAAGAUUCGUGACGAAAAGAUGGACGAGGCUACAGUGGAACUGAUCGUCCGACCAGCAGUUGGGUUUCCCACCACUAAAGACAAAGUCCUCGAGCGCGCCUUACGACAAACAGUGGAACCAACGAUACUGUCAGGCAUGAUGCCACGAACGCUCAUACAAAUCGUAGUACAAAUAGAACAAGUCGACGGAAACAUAUUAUCAACCGCCGUCAAUGCCAUUUCUUUGGCUAUGCUUGACGCUGGAUUGCCCAUGAGCUCUCUGGUAGCUUCGGUAACGGCUGUAAUAGAUCCACAAGACAACAUUUUACUGGACCCCAGUUCCCAAGAAUUAGAGAAUGCAACAUCUGUACAUACUUUUGCUUUUGACAAUACCUCAUCUUACAACUUACUUCUCUCACACUCUGCUGGAGCUUUCAGCGAAGAUCAGUACUUUUCUUGCAUGGAGGCGUGUAAGCAUGCAUCAGAGCGCGUGCAUGCGUUUAUUCGAACGGCUGUGGAGAAGAAAAUACAAAAGGAGUAUCAGCAACUACAAUCAUCAUAAAGAAAUUGUCUAUUUGUAAUACAAGUUUUACUUUUUUAUUUAUGUUGUUGGAGAUGCUCGCAGAAUGGUGAUUUACUAUACAAUUU